AACACGCACAACACAUCCACUAAACCUACAUGUUUUUUUCUCUCUCUCACUCACUCACUCAUUGUGCAAAAAUGCCAAGUCUAUUCUCAAAACAACUUCACCUCUGUUUCUUCAAGCUCAAAUACCCUACAAUUCUCUCCCAACCUCACUCACAACAAAGCACUACUCCAUCACCAUCACCAUCACCACCUUACACCUUCCAUUUCAACACAACCUUCACCCACCACCACCACCACCACGAAGAAGACUAUUUCUCCGACGACACCACGGAGCUUCCACCACCCGACUUCGCCUCCGUCUUCGCAUCCCAACGGUUCUUCUUCUCCUCCCCCGGCAGCUCCAACUCCAUCACAGAAUCAGAGUCUCCCCCCAACGACACUCCACCCUACAACUCGUUGAUACCAAAAGGAGGUAGCGUGAAAAGGGUGCCAAAAUACUCUGUAAACCCUUACGUUGAUUUCCUCCGUUCUAUGCAGGAAAUGAUUCAAUCUCAAGAACAAGUGUUCGAUGUUACUAACGAUUGGGAUUAUCUUCAUGAGCUUCUCUUAUGUUACCUUGCUCUCAAUCCUACACAUACUCAUAAGUAUAUUGUUCAAGCUUUCACUCACCUCCUUGUCGACCUUUUAUCUUCCUCCUCCUCCUCCUCUUCAUCCUUCUCCUCUUUGUCGCCACCUUCACCACCUUCUCGGAAUCUCAAUAACAGACUCUGAAACGGUAGUUUCUUAGGCAGUUUGAACUCUGUACCUCAAACUCUUUUAACUUUUAGUUCAAUAAUUUUAGAUAUUAGUGUUUUUUUUUAAAUAAAAUUUGUUGUGAUAAAUAAAAAAUUGGCCGUUUGUUUGUUAUUCAAUUUUUGGGUAAUGAAAUGGUCUUGGGUUUUGGCUGUGGGAACAAGAUUUGUAUUUUGAUGACAAAAAAGAUGGAAAAACCAAUGGGGUGUGUAAUGUGUAUGUAUGCGUUGGAAAAGGACGUUUUGGUGUUUCCAUGUUGUUUUGUUUUAUUAUAAACUAGAUUUCUUUUAAUCAAUUUUGUAUUUAUUUUAAUAUUAUAAUUAUAAAUAUUUUCUUAUUUUAAUAAAAUAUAGAUGAAGUGAUAAUAACUACUAUAAACUCACA